UACCUAUACUCGCUCGCUCGAUGCCGCUGCAUCAUCUUAUGUUACACGAGUACUGGGCUGAUUUCGAGAAAAUUUACUUGUAGACAGAGUCCAACAUGGCAUUUUUGAUGUACGGCGACCCCAAAGUCAAAUACCUUUGUUCCUGCGGCUCUAUGAAGCCCAUUUCUCGCAUAUAUUUCUGCAGACACUGCAUGAAGAUCAAAUGCGGCUUCUGCGUGUCUCACGAGGUUGACCUGCACUACUGCAGCAACUGUCUAGAGAACCUGCCUUCGACUGAAGCGCGACUAAAGAAGAACAGAUGCGGAUACUGUUUCGACUGUCCCAGCUGCCAGAUUAGUCUUAACACGCGGGCUGUCAGCCAGGCCGUGCCCAACCCCGACGAUCCCAGCAAAAUGCUAUCCAAGAAGUCGUACUACCUAGUUUGCGCAUUUUGCCGAUGGACUUCACGAGAAGCAUCCAUUCCCGACCAAAAUGUUGCCAACGGCGGAUGGCCUGAGAUAGAUUGCCCGAACAGCAAAAGAGUUGCAGAGCUAGUGGACCAUUAUCAGGAGAUAAGUCUGCAGGAGAAGGAUGAGGAGGAACGCAAGAAGAAGUAUCAGGUGCGUCCGUCGUACUUCCACUACGCCGAGAAGUAUGGCCUGAGUGCAGCUCUGGCUAAGAAAAGGAUGGGCGGCACUCCCCAGAGGGAGACCAGGACCCAGCAGUCGGCGCUGGUGCCUGCUGUUGCCUCUGAAGAGGUCGAGGAGCUCUCUGAUAGCAUCUUCUUUGAACAGCUGGAACUGAACAAGGUCACCACAAUCAAGCAGAGAUUGGCCUCUUCUGAAAUUCAGCCAACCGUUGUUUCUCAGCUGUACCCACUGCACAAAUCUUUGCUAGUGAAGAGGUCUCUGCGCUGCCGAGACUGCGAGCACAAUGUGAGCAAGCCAGAAUUCAACCCUUCGUCCACGAAAUUCAAGAUCCAGCUGUCUGCCUUUUAUCACGUGCCUGAUGUCAAAUUCCUCACUUGCGAGCCAGUGUUUAUUGGAAAGCGCAGCGAACUGAUCAUCACAGUCUGCAACCCAACGCAGCACCAGAGCAGCUUCAAGAUGCACCCUUUUGAGCUAAAUCUUGGCGCAAAAGGUAGCGGAGAUGCGGAAGAAUCUGCCCCUGGUCUGAAGCUUUGCCUUCCUGAGAGUGCCAGGGAUGCCCAGUUUAAGAUCAACGGCACUAUCAAACUACCCACAACGGAGUUCCAGUUGCUGCCCAGGGACGACACUGCCGAAUUUGAUGAUUCAAACAAGGGACCGACCUUCAAUGACGAUCCCAAGGUCGUGGUGUGGAGGAGGGGCAAUAAAAUCGCCCUUAGAAUGGCUGUGACCCCUGACGCUGAUGCUGAAGGGGUAUUGAGCAUUGGCUUUGUGAUAGAGUACAGCUAUGUCAACACUAUGACAACUCUGGAGAAGAAAGAGCCUCAGAAAGUGAAGCUCAAGACCCAUAUUUUGCUCCGGCCUGGACCGAUUUUCAAGAGCUCCCAAUAGCAGCUUUAUCACCAUUAAUUUACUACCUUAUUUAUUUAUUUAUCUACAUAAUAUAUUGCACGUGAACUGGAAGCCAAGAAAUGUUAAAUCUGUCAUCACUGUUUCGGGAACCUCCUUAUCUUUAAUAUACGCAUUAUU